AUAUACCGACUGACACCAAUGAAGUGGAAACUGAAGAUGUAUGUGCUGUAGAUAUACCGACUGACCCCACUGAAGUAGAAACUGAAGGUGUACGUCCUGUGGAUAUACCGACUGACACUACUGAAGUAGAAACUGAAGAUGUACGUCCUGUAGAAAUACCAACUGAUACCUCUGAAGUAGAAACUGAAGAUCUACGUCCUGUAUAUAUACCAACUGACACCACUGAAGUUGAAACUAAAGAUGUACGUAUUGUGGAUAUACCGACUGACACUAAUGAAGUAGAAACGAAAGAUGUACGUAUUGUGGAUAUACCGACUGACACUAAUGAAGUAGAAACUGAAGAUGUACAUAUACCGACUGACACCACUGAAGUUGAAACUAAAGAUGUACGUCCUGUGGAUAUACCGACUGACACUAAUGAAAUAGAAACUGAAGAUGUACGUCCUGCAGAUAUACCGACUGACACCACUGAAGUAGAAACAGUAGAGGUACAUCCUGUAGAUAUACCGACUGUCACGACUGAAGUAGAAACUGAAGAUGUACGUCCUAUAGAUAUACCGACUGACACCACUGAAGUGGAAACUGAAGAUGUACGUCCUGUAGAUAUAUCGACUGACACCACUGAAGUAGAAACUGAAGAUGUACGUCCUGUGGAUAUACUGACUGACACCACUGAAGUAGAAACUGAAGAUGUACGUCCUGUAGAUAUUCCGACUGGCACUACUGAAGUAGAAACUGAAGAU